CCCAAGUUAGCACAUAGCCUCUCCCCUCUCACUCUUACAGGGACAAGGCAGGAGGGUCCUUGUCUAUAGCUUCUACCCACAACAUGACAACGAGAACAGGUGCACUUCUUAUGAUGGUGCUAUUGCCCCAACAACUCUCUCCACCAACCCCACCUUUCUUGCCUUUAGGAGCAACCACAUGCUCAGUCUAAAACGAGCAACCAUUCAAAAAAUGACUUGCUGAGGUGUCAGUGGAUCAAGUGGAGCUGCUCGCUAUCAACAGGUGCUGUUUGCCUGCAGUGCAUAAAAAGUGAUGGGAGCCCGGGGGUUGGUGCUGCUGAGAGCAGAGACACAGGCUGCUGGGGUGGACUGCAGGAGUAUGAAGUGUGUUGGAAGUGGCUUAGGGCAACCCGGAGACUGUGGCAGCAGUGGUUUUGUCUCCGAUGCAGAGGAUCUGGAGAGUGUCAGUGACAGUUCAGACAAGUCUCUGGGUGGUGGCGAUGAGGGAGGUUACUGUAGCCCAGCUGAAGAAAGCAGGGGUAAAAGAAAAAGGAAAAGCAGGCUGUCUGGAGUCAGCAAGCAGAGACAAGCUGCGAAUGCCCGGGAGAGAGACCGGACACAUAGUGUGAACACAGCUUUCACAGCCCUCAGGACUCUUAUUCCCACAGAGCCUGCAGACCGCAAACUGUCCAAAAUAGAAACUCUGCGUCUGGCUUCUAGUUACAUUUCCCAUCUAGCCAACAUUCUGCUCCUGGGGGAGGACUGCUUGGAUGGGCAGCCAUGCUUACAUUAUAGAGCUUCAGUGGCAAGUGCUGCUCCCAGGCCCAUCUGUACCUUCUGUCUCAGCAAUCAGAGAAAACAGCACAGAGAAGGGGAUAAGCACUUGCCUAUUUAAGGUGUACACAGAUAUUUUGUCAGAGGAGCAGCGUGUCCAAUUAUUGCACUGAAUAUAGAACAGUUCUAAAUAUAAUCACUCUGCACUCUUUUGUUUACAUUGAACUCAUCGAAGGAAGACAUGGAGCUUGCAUACUUUAUUGCUGAAUGGAAAGAAACAUCAACGGAAAACAAUAAAUAAAUAAGUAAAUAUAUAUAUAUCUCACAAGACUAAUAUGCACUUUGUUUUACAUUGGACAAGUUUAUUAAGGACACCAUGCAUCUUACUGGGAUGGGAAAUUUGCACCUGGCGUUGCUGCUAUUUUUUGCGCAAGAAAUGUUAAACCCGAGCAUGAUACGGACGGUGGUUAACCCAACGACACAUGAUGAAACCUGACCUUGGACACGAAUUGGUUCCAUCAGUAUGUGUUGUCACAACACACUUUCACCUGUGCUUUUCACCACUAACCCUUCCUUCAAUCCCACCAGCUUUACUGUCACAUAGCACAAGCCAUUUACAGCACUGGCAAGCAGCUGUCCCUUUAAGGAAUGUAGAGGGAGGGGGUGAACAGCAAUGUUUGUGAUCAGAGACAUUGUAUUCAGCACAGAUUUUCAACAGGAGUACAUAGGAGGUUUACAUGUCAGUUGUGUGUUAGAAAGGGAUAUAUAAAUUAUUAUAAACAUUUGUAAACGGCACAUAUGGUUUUCUAGAAAAUUACUCUUCUUCUUAAUUGUUUCAUGCUCAGGCCAUGAUGGCCAUAUUUUAUAGACUUCCAUGGUGCUAGCUACCUCAUUUUCAUUGGCAGAGUAUGGAGAGAUGCUACCUUUCUCUGACUCACUGGUCAUGGAAUAAAUAUAUGUUGUACACCCAGUGCUCCACGAGCUAACACAAACUACAAACACCGAGCUCAGCUUACAUUACUGCAAAUGGUCAGACACCUGACACGGUCAAUUUGCUUUGCUGCAUGGAGGUCUAUAAAGGUGGUAUUAGAAUAUUAUGAUGAGAGAGAUCGUCACAUAUGCACUAUAUGAGCCCUUUACAGAUGCAGCAUAGAGUUCAACUCAGUUUGAAAUAUUUAGUUUAGAGGUGGUUUUGGCACAAAAUAAAAUAUAAGUCUUUUGAACUA